AUGACGCAAUAUUUGUCUAAAGAUUCUUUAUUUUUGAAAUUACCUACUGAAUUAUCUAUAGAUGAAAUUUCUUUACAAGAUUUAUAUCAUGAUAUAUCGUCAUUAACAACAACAACAACAACAACAACAACACUGGAAACCAUAUACAAUUCAAUAAUCAAUAAGACUUAUUAUUUAUUAAAAUCAAUUAAUGAUGUUUCCAUUGCAUUAAAACUAUGGCAAAUUAGAUUAACUUGUCAUUUAUUUAAUAAUCAAUUAAAUUAUGCUAAAAAGGAACUGAUUAAUUUAAAUAAUACAUUAUAUUUACAUGAAAAUCAUAAUAUUACACCUCCACCUCCACUAAUGGGGGUCUCUUCCACUUUCAAUUCCACUUCCACUUCCGCCUCAGCAUCAUCAUUAUCAUUAUCAAAUGGAUCAACACCAAAUAUCACUACCACCACUACUACUAAUAAUCCAAUAUAUCCAUUACCCAAAAAUAAUCAAUUGAUUAUAGAUUUCAAAUUAUUGAUACUUUUAUUACGAUUAAAAAAUUUUCCUAAUAUGAAUUUAAUUAAUGAAUUAUAUAAAUUAAUAUAUCAAUUACGAUUGAAAAGAAAUGACAACAACAACAACAAUAAUAAUAAUAAUAAUAAUGACACUAAUGGCAUUAAUGAUGAUCAAUUGAUUUUAAUUAAAAAUUUACAAAAUUUGAGUUAUGAUAAUAUUGUUAUUUUAACACUUACAAAGAAUUAUUUAACAUUAAUUAAUUUUUUAAAUAAUUUAAUUCAAGAAUUACAAGAAUUAAAUGAAAAAGAUGAUAAAUUAGAAAAUAUGAUUAAUUGUUCUAAUUAUGAAUUUAAUUAUUAUUCAAAUAUAAAUUUGAUUUAUUUAAUAAUUAAUUUAAUUGUUUAUCAUAAUCAAAAUCAUAUAGAUGUUGUUAUAAAUGAUGGUGAUGGUGAUACAAAAUUUAAUCAUAUUUGGAAUACUCAAAUCAAUCAAACAACUAAAAAUUCAUUAAUUUAUACAUUACAACAUAUUUCUCCAUCUUUAUCACUGACAAAUUCCUUACAUGAUAAUAAUAAUGAUUCCCAAGAAUCAAUUUUACAAUUCAAAUGUGAUUCAAUUCAAGAUUUAGGUCAAUUAAUUCAACAAGGGAAAAUCACUGGGAGAAUAAUAUGUUCAUUGUUAGGAAUUUGGGAUUUAUCUAAUACUUUUGGUUUUAUUUUAUCCAAUAAUGAUAAUAAUAAUAAUAAUAAUAAUAAUAAUAAUAAUAAUAAUAAUAAUAAUAAUAAUACGUUACGGUUUAUGAAGAAUAAUUUCCAAGAAAAUCAACAACAACAAUUGGAUAUUAAUACAUUAUCAAAUGAUGAAAUAAUAAAUAAAUGUUGUCAUCUACUUAAUGAUCAAUGGUGUAAAUAUAUCAAUAAAGUAUAUGGACUUGAAUAA